AUGUUUCGACACGCAUUUCGUCGUCUUCCCUACUUUAGUUCAAAAACACUAAACCGAUCCUUUUCUACCUCCAAGGCACGCCAUGCCAAUACAGACUACGACGCACUUGUACUCGGUGCAUACAAGGACGGUUCCUUUGCGGAGACAAUCACCAAAGAAAUUCCAUCGAGUACUCAAGAGACUAUUCGACAAAACUUAAAGUUAUCGAAUGCAAAAGGAAAAUUUGGUGAAGUUCGUGUUUUUUAUGGUAUCGCCGAGGAGUCUAGCAAUGUCCCGAAACAGAUUGCUGUCGUUGGAUUGGGGAAAAAGAGUAGUGAUGAGAAAGGAGAGGUAGAUUUGAGCGAAGCACUGGAGAAGGCUCGGCAUGCGGCAUGUGUGAGAGUUUUACGUGAACAAGGAGCAAAAUUUAUUGGGGUUGAUCCAAUGACUCAUGAACAUGGUGCAGCUGAAGGCGCAUCUUUAGGAUUAUACAGUUAUGAUAGCCUGAAAUCCAAGAAAAACCAAAGACCAGAAGUAAAAUUUGGACGUUACGGCGAAUCACCAUCAUCAGAAUUAUCCGAACUCACGUGGGAAACUGGUCUCAUAUAUGCAGACGCACAAAAUUUUGCGCGUUAUCUCGCCGAAACUCCUUCAAAUUUAAUGACACCUUCGAUUUUCGUCGAGAAUGUAAUAUCGAAAUUGGAUGGUUUAAAGAACGUUGAAAUUCAUGUUCGAGAUCAAGGAUGGGCGAUUAAUAACAAUAUGGGUGCAUUUUUGGCAGUGGCCAAAGGGUCUACUGAACCGUUACGGUUUUUGGAGAUUCAUUACAAAGGUGGAAAAGAAGAUGAAAAACCUUUAGCUUUAGUUGGCAAAGGUAUUACUUUUGACUCUGGUGGGAUUUCAAUAAAACCUUCACAGAAUAUGGCAGCUAUGAAAGGCGACAUGGGUGGCGGUGCGGCAGUUGCAGCAUCAUUAUAUGGACUAGCAAAGUUGCAGGUUCCCAUAAAUAUAGUCGCUUCCAUUCCGUUAUGUGAGAAUAUGCCUUCUGGUCAUGCCAUAAAACCAGGAGACGUUGUUAAAGCGAUGAAUGGCAAGUCGAUUGAGAUUGACAAUACGGAUGCAGAAGGUCGCUUGAUUCUUGCUGACGCUAUUUAUUAUACAAGUUCAACGUAUAAACCGCACAGUCUGAUUGAUCUUGCUACCUUGACAGGAGCAAUUGGAAUCUCGCUAGGGGAAGUAUACGCCGGUGUAUUCACAAACUCUGAAAGUUUAUGGACACAACUCUCUAACGCCGGCAAAACUACACAUGAUCCAUUCUGGCGUAUGCCACUACAUCCUGCCUACAAAAAACAGAUCAAAAAGUCCACAGUCGCUGAUAUUGUAAAUAAUAGCGGAAGGAUGGGUAGUUCUUGUUCGGCUGCUGGAUUUUUGGAAGAGUUUGUGUAUGGCGAUGAUAUAGAAAAAGCCGCAGAAACGGAUGUUGUUCCGGAUAAAAUUCGAUUUGCCCACAUUGAUAUUGCGGGUGUUAUGGAUACAAAUGAUGAUUCGGGAUAUACGACUAAAGGCAUGACUGGACGUCCCACGCGAUCUAUUAUUGAGUUUGCCAGAAAGAAUACUUUUUAG